GUUGUUAGCCCCGCUCAAACAAGAAAGUCGAAUCAACAAUGGAUUCUGAAGUGUACACUUAUAUCAAUCAAUUAAGCAAUCCUGAAACAAGAGAGAACGCUCUUCUUGAGCUUAGCAAGAAGAGAGAGUCUGUUCCCGACCUUGCUCCAAUGUUAUGGCAUUCAUUUGGCACGAUUGCUGCACUACUUCAGGAGAUCAUCAAUAUUUAUCCAUCAAUAACACCACCAACGUUAACAGCUCAACAAUCGAACCGUGUUUGUAAUGCUUUGGCACUUCUCCAGAAUGUCGCUUCACAUCCGGAAACACGUUCAUUCUUCCUUCAAGCUCAUAUCCCUUUGUUCUUAUAUCCUUUCCUACACACAUCAUCAAAAACUCGACCUUUCGAGUAUUUGCGGUUGACAAGUUUGGGAGUAAUCGGGGCUUUAGUCAAAACAGAUGAACAGGAAGUCAUCACCUUCCUACUUACAACGGAAAUCAUUCCUCUCUGUCUAAGAAUCAUGGAGAGUGGGUCAGAAUUGUCAAAGACUGUAGCUACAUUUAUCCUUCAAAAGAUUCUUCUUGACGACAGUGGGUUGUCUUACAUCUGCCAAACAUAUGAUCGGUUCUCUCACGUAGCUAUAAUACUCGGGAAAAUGGUGAUUUCUCUUGCAAAAGAACCGUCAUCUCGUCUUCUCAAACACGUCGUCCGCUGUUACCUUCGUCUUUCUGAUAAUGCUAGAGCCCGGGAAGCUUUACGACGCUGUCUGCCAGAUCAACUUCGUGAUACAACUUUCAAUCAAUGUCUGCAAGAAGACCGCUCUACAAAACACUGGCUAAGUCUUUUAAUAAAGAAUCUCGAAACUGGCAAUAACGAGUCGAUUCAAAUUUCACCUUUGGAAUAAACUUUGAUAAGCUGAACACAACACAAAUUUUUAUUUUUUUUCUUCAUCAAUCGUCAUCUGAUCCACAACAGUGUCUGUGUAAAACUUAAUUUUAUGAUUACAGCAAUGUUUCUCAUUUAAUAAAAUAUUUUAACAUAUUUAGAA